GCCAAAAUUCAAGUAGGACUAUCGGUUGUAAACACUGGGCUACGAGCGACUCACAUUUUGACUCUGUAGUUAGUAACUCAGACAGAUAUUGCGCCUGGAAUCAGCGGAAAGAGAACGGAAAGAUGCACAUCAAGUCUAUUAUCCUCGAAGGGUUCAAAUCGUACGCGCAGAGGACAGAGAUUAACGGCUUUGACCCGCUUUUUAAUGCCAUCACAGGGCUAAACGGCAGCGGCAAGUCCAAUAUUUUGGACUCUAUUUGUUUCCUUUUAGGCAUCUCGAACCUCUCCCACGUGCGAGCCUCCAACCUUCAGGACCUGGUGUACAAAAAUGGGCAGGGUGGCAUCACUAAGGCCACUGUUUCUAUUACUUUUGACAAUUCCAACAAAAGCCUGAGUCCUUUGGGGUUUGAAACUCACGAUGAGAUCACGGUGACCAGACAGGUGGUGAUAGGUGGCAGGAACAAGUACCUCAUCAAUGGCGUGAAUGCCAAUAACACCAGGGUGCAGGACUUGUUCUGUUCUGUUGGCCUCAACGUCAACAACCCACACUUCCUCAUCAUGCAGGGAAGAAUCACCAAGGUUCUAAAUAUGAAGCCUCCAGAGAUCCUCGCCAUGAUCGAAGAGGCAGCAGGUACCAGGAUGUAUGAAUGUAAAAAGAUCAGCGCCCAGAAGACAAUAGAGAAGAAGGAAGCCAAGCUCAAGGAGAUUCAGACUAUUCUAAAGGAAGAAAUUACUCCAACCAUGCAAAAACUGCAAGAGGAACGAUCAUCGUUCUUGGAGUACCAGAAGCUGAUGCGUGAGAUCCAGCAUCUGUCACGGCUUUAUGUGGCCUGGCUGUUUGUGUGCGCAGAGGAGACCAAGCUGAAGUCGGCAGAGAAUCUGAAGGUGAUGCAGGACAACCUUACCAAGAUGCAGGCCAGCAUAGCUGAGAACGAGAGCAAAAUUCAGGAGCUUUCGGUUCAGAUCGCAGAGCUGCAGAAGAAAAAAGAUCAGGAAGUGAAUGGAGUAUUAAAAUCCUUGGAGGAUGCUCUAGCUGAUGUACAGCGUGUCGAUACUAAAGCUCAGAGUGCACUGGACCUGAAGAAACAGAACCUCAAAGAUGAAACCAAGAAGAGGAAGGAGCUUGUAAAGAGCAUGGAGGAGGACAAAAAAAUGCUUGUCGUAAAGGAGAAGGAGGUUUCAAAGUUGGCUGAGCAGCUCCAGGCUCUCCAGGAGGAAGGACAGAAGGACAGUAAGGCUCUGGAGGCGGCUGAGCAGCACUUCAAGGCUGUUUCUGCAGGUCUUUCCAGCAACGAGGAUGGAGAGGAGGCCACACUCGCAGGGCAGAUGAUGACCUGCAAGAACGACAUGAGCAAGGCCGACACCGAGGCCAAGCAGGCUCAGAUGACACUGAAACACUCCCAGGCUGAGUUGAAGUCCAAACAGGCAGAGGUGAAAAAGAUGGACAGCGGCUACAAGAAAGACCAGGAGAGCCUUCAGGCAGUGAGAAGAUGCAGGGAGAAGCUUCAGGCAGAAAUGACUAAACUCGGCUAUGAAGAUGGGAAAGAGGAAAGCCUGUUGGACAAAAGGAGACAGCUGUCCCGAGAGGUGGCUCAGCUUAAAGAGACGUACGAGCGUCUCAUGUCACGCUUCCCCAACCUGCGCUUCGACUACAAAGAUCCAGAGCAAGGGUGGGACCGCGCUAAGGUGAAAGGUCUGCUCGCUAACCUGAUCUCCGUCAGCGACGUCACUUACGCCACGGCUCUGGAGGUGGUGGCAGGCGGACGGCUCUAUAACAUCAUUGUCGACACUGAGGUGACGGGUAAAAAGCUGCUGGAGAAAGGGGAGCUGCAGCGGCGGUACACCAUCAUCCCCCUGAACAAGAUCUCUGCCAAGACGCUCAAUGACAAAGUCAUCACCACAGCAAAGAAACUGGUUGGCGCUGAUAACGUUCACACAGCUCUGUCUCUCGUUGGCUAUGAGUCUGACCUGCGUAAAGCCAUGGAGUACGUGUUUGGCUCCACGCUGGUUUGUGACACUUUGGACAACGCCAAAAAAGUGGCUUUUGAUAAGCAGGUGCUGACCAAGACGGUUACCCUUGGAGGGGACAUCUUCGACCCACAGGGAACUCUGAGUGGAGGUGCUCGCUCUCAGUCUGCGUCGGUUCUGUCCAGCCUGCAGGAGGUAAAGGACGUUCAGGACAACCUGAACAACAAAGAGGCUCAACUCCAGGGAACAGAGCAGGAACUGGCCCGCCUUAAGGGAACCGCUGAGAAGUACCGACAGCUGAAGCAGGAGCACGAGCUCAAAGCGGAGGAGGAGCAGAUCCUGCUGGCUAAAGUGCAGCAGAGCUCCUUCCACCAGCAGCAAGAGGAGCUGGAGAGGCUUCGCAAAGCCAUCGAGGAGAGCGAAGAGACCUUACGAGUCACCAAAGAGGUCCAGAAGCGGGCCGAGGAGAAAUACAAGGUGCUGGAGAACAAAAUGAGAAACGCCGAGGCUGAGAGGGAGAAGGAGCUGAAGGCCGCCCAGCAGAAACUCAACGCAGCCAAGACCAAAGCUGAUGCCUUCAGUACCAAGUUAAAGCAGAAACAGCAGGAGUCUGAUGCUGUGGCUCUGGAGCUGGAGGAGCUGCAGCGGGAGCAGGCGGGUUACGAGCAGCAGAUCCAGGCUGUAGACGAGGCCACGAAGGCCAUCCAAGAGCAGAUAGACAGCAUGGCCUGCACCGUGUCGCAGAACAAGGAGGCCGUGCGUAAAGCCCAGGAGGAGCUAGCCAAACAGAAGGAGGUGAUCAUGACCCAAGAUAAAGAGCUCAAGGUGAAAAGCACAGAAGCCAAUAAAAUCAGGGAGCAGAACAAUGAUGUCCAGCUGAAGAUCAAGGAGCUGGAACACAACAUCAGUAAACACCACAAAGACAGUAAGGAGUCCGCUAACAAGGUGACUCGCAUGCUGGAGGAGAACGACUGGAUCCAUUCGGAACGCCAGUUCUUCGGCCAGCCGAACAGCUCCUACGACUUCAAGGCGAACAACCCCCGUGAGGCUGGACAGCGUCUGAAGAAACUGGAGGAAACCACCACCAAGCUGGAGAGGAACAUCAACAACAGGGCCAUGAACAUGCUGAACGAAGCCGAGGAGAGGUAUAACGACCUGAUGAAAAAGAAGAGGAUCGUGGAGAAUGACAAAACAAAAAUCUUGCAGACCAUCAAGGAACUGGACCAGAAGAAGAACGAGGCUCUGAACUUGGCAUGGCAGAAGGUGAACAAGGACUUUGGAUCCAUCUUCUCCACUCUCCUGCCUGGAGCCACAGCAAAGCUGGCUCCUCCUCAGGGAUGUGGCGUCUUGGAUGGCCUGGAGUUUAAGGUAGCUCUGGGAGACACGUGGAAGGAAAACCUCACAGAGCUCAGUGGUGGGCAGAGGUCACUGGUGGCGUUGUCUCUCAUCCUGGCCAUGCUGCUCUUCAAACCCGCUCCCAUCUACAUCCUGGAUGAGGUGGAUGCUGCUCUGGACCUGUCUCACACACAGAACAUCGGACAGAUGCUGCGCUCGCAUUUCAGACACUCGCAGUUUGUGGUCGUGUCCCUGAAAGACGGCAUGUUCACCAACGCCAACGUCCUGUUUAAGACCAAGUUUGUUGACGGGAUGUCUGCUGUGACACGGACCGCGCUCAGCCAGAGCGAGUCGAGCCGUCCGCAGAAAGCCCACGACAAGGCUCGCCAAAGGGACAAAAGGAACUAACUAAUCAGCUGAUGGGGACGUUUUCGAUCAAUGAUCAGUUUUAACAGAACAAAGCCUCUGGUCACUUCUACGCCAUCAUGAAUAGUUCUUGCUUUUUAUACCUUUGACUGAAGCGGUGCAUCAAUUAGCAUCAGAUGUCUAAAACGUCGUUUUAUGAAGUUGUCUCUUCUGUAGCUGUCUGGUGUUUUCCUUGUAAUAUUCAGCUGAUGGAUCUGUUUUUGUAAAUAAAGGUGAAAUAUUAAACUGACUUAUUUUAAUCUA